AUGGUAGAGCCAAGUAUGCUCUUAGUCAAAAGAAGAAACACAAGAAUUAAUAGUGCAGACUUACAAAUUUUAGAAAGAAUUGAAAGGACUAUUGACUCUCUACUAGAACAGAAGCGGUUUUUAGAUUGCAUAGAAUUUAUAAACAAAGCGCUGCCAAUUCGAAAAUCAUUUUACGGCGAAAACAGCAAUGAGGUUUUAUCGUUUGUAGCCCAAAUGCUCAAGUCUAUAUCAAAAGGAGCAGGAUCCUUAUUAUGCAAAGAAAACCCUUUAGAAGCUAUCAAAAUCCUUCAAAAUUUAUUAAAAAUUUCCCAACCUUACCAUCUAAAAUUAAUCCCCGAAUUUUGCAGCACAAUAAACACCUUAGCCUGCGCAUAUCAGAACACUGGAAAAUAUAAAAAAGCCCAAAAUUACGCCCAUCAAGCUUUACAAAUCAUCAAGGAUUAUCCUUCCAUUGAAAUUGAUCGUUCUUCCCUUUAUUUAAAUCUGUGCACGAUCUAUUCGAAUUUAAACCUCCACAAAGAAGCCUCCAACUUCUGCAAACUUGCUAUACAAAGCGCCAAAGAAGAGCUGGUGAAUUUAAAUUCUCCAAAAAGUUCAGAAGAAUAUAGACAAAAAAUAGGCUCCAUGUCAAAUAACCGUGGAUUUUUGACAGUGUACAUUUGACCGAAAAUUAACGGUUUUUUUGAGUCAAAUGUCUCACUAUCUAAAAUCUUCGAUCAAUUUCGGCCAGAAAUUUUUCGUUAAAAUGUACACUAUCAAAAAUGCAAAGUCAUUUGACCUCACCCAAAAAAUAACAACUUUAGGAGUUGCAUAUCACAACUUAGGGGUUGAAGAAGAAUUUCUUAAAAAUUUUGAGAGCUCUAUUGAGUGGUAUAAAAAAUCAAUAGUUUUUAUGAAAAAUUACUCGGAUAGCUCCCAGCAUCAGCUUCUUGAAAGUUUAAAAAAAUCUUAUCAAGCAGCUAUAAAAAGCCAAACUGAAAGAAAAACCCCAAAAUCUCAUGGGAAAAAAAGUAAUAGCACUUUUGAGAAAAUAAUCUCAACAAGGUCUGAUGAAAAUUCAAGGACAUUUUAUAAAACUUUUGGAGGGCCUGAAGCUGAUUGAUUUCAACUGAACCAGGAAAAAAAAGAUGCAAAUGCGCAAAGUCAAUUAAAAUUCCACAAAAAUUUUAAACAAAACCGAAUAAAAUUAAGAAGAAAUGGGUCUUCUACAGUUUACCAGUCUCCAAAGUUUUCUCAUAUUGAAGAAAAUAGUGUGACUGUUAAAAAUAGCUUAUCAAGGGAUUUUAAGGAGGCUGAAAAUGAUGUGGAUUUACUAGAACUUGACCAUUUAGGACUAUUAGAAUACAGCAUGGAUAGUAAAGAGUGUAAAAUGGAUGGAAAGUAUGAAAUAAAUGUCAGCAAAAUAUUACCUGUAAAAGAAGAAAAACCAAGAGAGGUUAAAAGCAAUUUAAAAGAUAUAAAACCAGUUUCAAAAAGUUAUACAUUUGCCGAUGGAUUUGCAAUGCAAAAUUCUUUUAAGCAGACAAUUGAAGCAGAUAAACUUCAGAUUCCAUUCAAAAAGAGCAAAUCUAAUGAAGCCCCAACCAAAAACCUUACAGAAAUAGUAGAAAAUCAAGGGAAAACCUUGAAAACAGAAGAAAAACCAAACGUAAAAUCUGAUAAGGAGCCAAUUGAAAAAUCUGAGACCCAGAAAAAAAAUGAAGAUGUUUUUAAUAAAAAAUCUGACGAAAAAAUAGAUGAAAAUGAUGGCUCCAUGUCAAAUCACAGGGGAUUUUUGACAGUUUACAUUUAAUCGAAAUACACAUUUUAGUCGAAAAUUUUUAAUAGUGCGGCGUUUGGAUGAAUAUUAACUUUUUUGUUUUCGGUCAAAUGUCUCACUAUCAAAAAGUUUCAACCAUUUUCGGCCAAAAAUAUUUCGGUGAAAUAAACACUAUCAUAAAGGCAAUAUCGUUUGACCUGCACCCCGAAAAUGAUAUCAAAGCAAUCAUAAAAAUGCAAGCUAUAAUCAGAGGAAAUAAGACAAGAAAAAUAUUAAGAGACACUAGAGUUGCAGAAAAUCCUGCAACAAAAGCUGAGCCAGUAAAAGAAAAUCCUAAAAAAGAAGAGCCAAUUGAUUUAGCUACAAUUGAUAAUGACGUCGUCGCAAAAAUCCAAGCUGCUUUUAGAGGAAAAAAGGUGAGGAAACAGCUUAAAUUUAAUAAAAAAAACGUUGAGGAGCUAAAGUUAAACACUUCUCCUAAAACACCAAGCAGAAAUUUAUUAGUCCUUAUACAAUCAAAACCUAAAACAGAGAAUGUAGCUGUGCCAAAAGAGCCGGUCCAAGGCACAGCUUUUUCGAAUUUUACCUCAAAUGUGAUAAAAACACAAUGGCCAAUCCAAAAAAAAUUCUCUUUUGACAUGCCCAAAAAAUUAAUCAAUUCUAAUGAAAUUCCAUUAGAAAGCCCGCCUGACGUUGAAUUUUCUUUCAACCCGAUAAACCAAAAAGAAAUCCCUGAUGUAAAUACAUCAAAUAGGCCUGAAGACCCAGGUCUGGAAAAAAUAAGCUCUAUUGAUGGGUCAGAUUAUUUAAUUACUAUAGUAAAAACAAGCCAAGACGAGUUCAAAAUCAGAGCAGAAAGCUUGGAGACCCAUGAAGUCUAUAAUUUAACUCAGCAGCAGCCUCAGAAUAUGAAAAUUGAUGACUUCGUCAAAAAUUUGACCAUUGAAAACGGGAAAUUGUCCUUGCUUUACUCUGACCAAGAUAUAGCAAAAAUCACAAAAAUUCAAAAUGUUUUUAGGAGGAAAAAAAAACAAAGGACGAUAUCAGAAAUCCCUGACGAAAUUUUAGUAAAGGGAGAACGGCAUAUUAAAGGCCAAACGUUUUUAAUAUCUAUAAUAAAAACCAAAAGUAAUCUCAUUCCUGGGGAUAUCUCAAGGACAAAAAUUGCCCUUGGGGAUUAUAUCCGCAUUGAGGUUCAUGGGCUAAAUAAUGCCCCUAUGCCAAAACCUAAAAUUUAUACAGUCAAUGAGCUCUGUGAACUCCUUAAUUUAUGAGAAUCCUCUGAAAUCUACGCUAAAAAAAAUGAAAUCUUUGUAAACGUCGACAUCGAAAACCACGAAAUUGUCCUUCGAAAAAGCUCUUUUAUAGAGCCCAGACAGAUUUUUGCUACAGUAAGAGUGCUGAAUAAUUCAUUUAAAUAUACCUUAAAAUUUUUUGAUAUUAGUUAUAUCGAUACAGAUGAAGACAUACUAAUAGAAGCAAUCGCUGAUAAAAAAGCCCCAGCAAUAGAGAAUAAUUUUUGUAUUUCAAGACGUGAGUUGUCCGAUAUACUCGGAAUUAAUGUAGAAGAUUUAGACAAAAAUUUUAAAAAAGUUGCUGAUUUGAUAAUAAUAGAAGAAAUGAGAGAAAUUAAUAUUUCUAAAAGAAUAUUGAGGGAGGAUACCCCAAAUAUCAAUAUAUCGGUAAACCAAGAAGAAAAAUGUGUAACGCCAUGUGUUGAAAAAACUGUAGAUAAGGCUGAUGAAAACAAAGAAAGCAAAUCUAAUCUAAGGUUUACUUUUAGAAAAAACGUAAAAAAUGAAAAUUAUUCAAAGGCGUUUAGCAUUAUUAAUGCAACAGCCAUGAAAAAUAUAGGAAAAUAUUUUUCAGCCUUAGUUACUUUCCCUUUAAAUUGAUGAUAAAAUUUCUAUGUUUUUUCUCUUUUAAAUCGACUUUUUUAUAGCUAAAAAUAAUGAUAUUUAUUUCAAAUAGGUUUAAUAACAAAUUGAAAAUUAGCAAAAAAUUUGGUGCCUAUUUAAGAUGUGAAGUGAAGUGAAACACUAUUUAAACAAACUGAGUCGCUAAAUUUUAUAAAAAUAUUUUUAUAAAAUUUUAUAUCAAAUUUUCCCUCAAAUAUAAUUAUACUCAUUUAAAUUGGAGUAGACUUUUUGUUCUAAUAUGAAUGGGUUGAGUUAUUAAGAAUAAAAACAAGAAAAAAAUAAUCAGACAGCAACGAUGCAUAAUUCAAGGUAAAAGUGUUUCAAUAGCCAUUUUCGAAAGCGAUGAUGGAGCUUCUAUUGAAAUCACAAACGAACGGAGCGGCAGUGUUUAUAGUACUAGCAUUUCCAUCCCAUAA